UCUUUCUCUCUCUAGAUACAUUUCUUCACCACCUUUCCUUUGCCACAAAGCUUUAGCUCUCUCUGUAUAAUCAACAAAGAAGAAGAAACUCUCUACAAAGCUUUAGGUCUCUCUGUAUAAUCAACAAAGAAGAAAAAACUCUCUACAAAAAUCACUCAAAAUAGAAGAAGGAUUCAUUACUGAGGCACUUGUGGGGAUCAGUAGUGAAGGUUGGGGAGAAGAUGAAUACAAUUCCACAUGUUCCUCCAGGCUUUAGAUUUCAUCCAACAGAUGAAGAACUCAUUGAUUAUUAUUUGAGAAAAAAAAUUUCUUCAAAAAAGAUUGAUUUGGAUGUCAUCAAAGAUGUUGAUCUCUACAAAAUUGAGCCAUGGGAUCUUCAAGAAUUGUGCAGAAUGGGAAAUGAAGAUCAAGAAGAUUGGUAUUUCUUCAGCCACAAAGACAAGAAAUAUCCAACAAGCACAAGAACUAAUCGAGCUACAAAAGAAGGGUUUUGGAAAGCAACAGGAAGAGACAAGGCUAUUUACUCAAGGCAUGGCCAUGGCUUAAUUGGAAUGAGAAAAACCCUAGUCUUCUAUCGAGGACGAGCCCCCAACGGCCAAAAGUCGGAUUGGAUCAUGCAUGAAUAUAGACUCGAAACAACCGAAAAUGGACCUUCUCAGGAAGAAGGAUGGGUGGUGUGUAGGGUUUUCAAGAAGAAAAUGACAACAAUCCAAAAGAUGGGUGACUAUGAAUCACCUUAUUGGCAAGAUCAUGAUCAAAUCUCCUUCAUGCCAGACAUCGAUUCUCCAAAUCAAAUCUCUCACCUUUGCAAGCAUGAGGUUGAUGAUCAUCAUCAUCUUCACUUUGCCAUGUUCGACAAUGCUUCCCUUCAGCUCCCACGACGUCCCGAGCUGAUCUCUGACGUCUCGUCAAGCAGCUAUGAUCUCCGAGCAAACGCUCCUUCCUCGUCUCAAACAUUCUUUCAUGCCUUCGAUAGCCAGUCGAUGGAUUGGCGAGCCAUGGACCGAUUUGUCGCAUCUCAGCUGAGUGCAGAUCGAGAUGAUGAUCAUAGAAGAGAAGAAGAAGCAAUUUACUCUGAAGACACCAAAUAUACAAGUGAAUGAUCCAACUGAAAAGCAUGGACUAUGGAGCUAUUUUUCCUACAGCUUAAAUGAAUAGCUCUCUAUUAAUUGGAGCUGAAUAAAUGUUUUAUAUAGUAAGAAAAAACUUACAUAUUUAUGUUACCUACAAAAAUUUUAUAUUUAAAAUAAUCGAGCACAUAUCCAUAUACUCAAUAUUAAUGUGCUGUUUCAUGCAUACAUGCGAUUAAAGUGCCAUAUAUAUAUAUGUAUGAGCAAACUUCAGAAAUAAUAUAAGAAGUUUGUACUUUUUUUUAUGUCCAUAUAUUAACAUACUAAUGAAAACAAUUAUUAAUUAGUAUCAUUCAGGUACUAUAGAUCUCUUCA